UCUCUUUGGGCAUUAGUACGUACAGCAAUGUUUUCGUGACGGUAUCUGUAAUUAUAAAUUAACUGAUACUAAUUGCAAUCUUUGGACUAAUUAAAGGGCAAGAACCUAGUUAUUUCCACCAUUUAAGGACAAGCUAGUAAUACAAUAAGCAGUAAAAAAAUCCAGAAAAAUGUGUCAUGUUUCUCCUGUUCAAGUGUUAUUGUUAUUAUUGUGUCCUGUACAAAAACAGCUGUUUGUGAUAAUAUCUAAUUAUUGAUAACAAAUAUUAAAUUCCGAUAAGAAUUUAGAUGAAUUAUUUCAACCUACACUGGACAAAUUAGGAAAUAAUGAUUACGACUAAGUUGGUUUUGAUUAUUACAAUUAUAAAACUGAAAAUCGUAUUAUCUCAAACUCAAAAUGCCAUUUUGACAGUCUAUUUAAACAAAUCAACAACAUGGGAAAAUAAAGAAUUAUAUAGUGGUUUUACAAAAUUAAACAAUAAUUCAACAUUAGAAGUAGAUUGUGUGAAUUUGAAUUCAAAUAUCAGUUAUGUCAUAUUCCAAGCACAUAGUCAUUUGUAUAAUAUUACUUUAUAUAAUAAUACUUAUGUGUACGGCUCAUAUGUCAAAGGCACAAACGUCGGCUUAUACAGCAGCAUCAAACCUACAAUUGACACAUUCUUUGUUAUGAAUUCAAAUGCUAUUGAUCUUGAUGUUUAUAUUUCAAUUCAUGGAUAUAGUGCAAAAGAUCCUAUCCCUGGUGGCUGCAAUGCAGAAUUCUCCGUACCAAUAUCUCCAUUUCUCCAAACCAAAUAUAACAAAGAUUAUGUCCUUGUUGAUGCGGGGUUUCCUCAAGAUAUUUUAGAUAAAAAUUGUAAUUCUCUUGAAAGAGUAAGAGUGGCCUUCUAUCAAAUGUACAUAUAUGAAAGAAAUUUUAGUAAAGAAGCAUACUUUGAUGGCAUACAGAAAAUGAUGACAAUGGAAUACAUUAGUGACAAUGGAGUGUUUAUACCUGAUAAUGGGUUAAAUAUGCGUCGAAUGCUAAGUGCUUAUCCUGGCACUGGGUCAAUUUAUGUCGCCGUUGCGUUCAGUGUUGCAAAUAAGAGCGCAUAUUCUGUGUAUGUCCCUACUGUUACAUAUGCAUGUUCACCGUUGGAAGAAAAUGGAUGUGUAAUUUUUGACGAUGCUCUCUCGCAGUUGCUAUGUGCGUCUCUACUAUUUAUUGGUACAUUUAUCUGCUACUUCGGACACAGGUUCUUUAAGACUGAAAUGUUUCUCGUAGGCUUAGCGAGUGGCGGUAUUGUCACAUUUAUACUUAUAUCUUUGAUAGCAGACUUGAAUAGACCAGCUCUACUUGGCGCGUCCUUGCUAUGUGGAAUAUGUUUUGGCUCGAUGUGGUUGUUGUUUUAUUGGUUGUACGGGAUACCUCUCGUAUCAGUGUUUCUAGCGACACUCAAUGUUGGGUUUUUGUUCUCCGCGUUAAUUUACCAUGGAUUACCGGGUGGCCACCGAGCUCUGGAAGACGAUGCCAACUUUUGGACUCUAUUUAUAGUACUCAUGCUGUUGACAUCCCUAGUGCUUGUGUCAAUGACUUUCGUUUCAAACAUACUCUGCUGCUCCUUGCUAGGUGCUUAUGCGGCUGUAUACCCUAUCGACUACUAUUUAGGGUCUAAUUUGAAAUACAUUAUAAUCAAUACCGUGCGCAGGGCUGUCGUUCCGAAUUUUAACCAUGCUGUUUUGUCCCCACCGUUUGAAUGGAGAGAUUCUCUCGUUACAUUACUGUGCGUCGGAUUAGCAAUAUCUGGGUUCCUAGUACAACACUAUCAGAACUAUGGUAGACCGCCAUUCCCUCCCCCACCUAGAAGUGUUAGACCGGUUCCAGUAACUAUAUAUGGAGCAACAGUUCCAUCUACUGAACGACGUCCUGUAACAUCACGAAAUUCCCGAAGCAGGGUAAUUACGGAGAGGACAGCGUUGUUGGCUUGAACUGAAGAUAUUUUAAGAACAAAUGUACCUAAGCAUGAAAUAGUUACCUUAUGUUCAAAUAUAUGUUUCUUUUAAA